UCCUGGCCAAUCACCCCACAGGGAAAGACAGCUCGGUUAAAACUGCGUUUGUAGCUCCUAGGAAUCCGAGUGGAUGUGUUUCAGAGACUGAUACUGCAUUCAGAAAAGUGUAUGCAGUGUAUGCUAAUGAGCCAAACUCACUGAAGUAAGGAGGUGUGUAAGUUAGAAGGAGGAGCUGGAAACAGACAUGGCUGGGUUUCUGGAUAAUUUCCGCUGGCCAGAGUGCGGAGGUAUUGACUGGUCUGAGAAAAGGAACACAGUGGCCUCCAUCGUGGCUGGCAUUCUGUUUUUUACAGGAUGGUGGGUUAUAAUCGAUGCUGCUGUGUGCUACAAGAAUACUGAUGAUCUAAAUCAUGCAUUUUACACAUGUGGUGUUUUCUCUACAUUGGCCUUUUUCAUGAUAAAUGCUGUUUCAAAUGCUCAUGUCCAUGGGGAUAUGUAUGAAGAGGGCUGCCUUGGCCGGAUAGGUACUCGUAUUUGGCUCUUCAUUGGGUUCCUAAUCAUGUUUGCCUCUCUCAUUGCAUCGAUCUGGGUCUUGUUUGGAGCUUAUGUUGCCCUGGGGCAUCCUGUGUAUCCUGGAUUGUCUGUGUUCUUCCAGAACUUGUUAAUAUUUUUUAGUUCUAUUAUCUACAAGUUUGGACGAACUGAAGAUUUAUGGGGUUAAGCUGUGCCAACCAUUUGAACUAAACACUGAACUUUCUCUUUGCACUCUUAUUCCUUUUGGGACCUCAGUUAUACUUCAGUAAAAACUGGACUGAAUUUUCUUAAUACUGCACAAAUCCAUAAUGCCUUUUCAAGUUAGCCUGGCCUUCUAUUACUUAUGUGCAUCAUGUAAAACUGUUCAGUAUGUCCUUUAAAUCAGUUUAAAUCAAUAAGUUGGAAAGUUAGGGCUAGAACCAAAUCCUGGAACGUGUUUUUGUCUUUAAUUUAGUAUUUUAUAUGUUUAUAUCAGGUAUGUACUGCAAAAAGAUAUCUUGGUACAUGAAAAUAUUUUGAAUACAGGCAAAUUUAUGUACUAUUUAUAUUAUAUGCCAUAAUUACAUAUUAUACCCUAUUCAACCUGUGUACUGUUUCAAUCAUGUAAGAGACCUCUCACAUUCCACACCAUUAAAUCUGACUAAUUAAGUCAUCGCUAAUCAUAUACAAUGUGUGUAAAUGAAACUUAAUUGUUGCUAAACAGGCUGUGGAAUUUGUUAAAUAAAAAGUUAUUUGUGUCA